AUGUAACUAAUAUAGAAUUCAAAAGGGGAUCAUAUCUAAUAAAUUUAGAUAGCAAGUUUGAUUGGUACUGCCAGAAAUGCUAGCAUUAGUGUUCAUGAUGAAAUAGAAUAAUUAAAAUAUUCAAAGAAUUCAGAAUUUUAAGUUGUUAUCGUUAACAUAAUAUUAGCUUAUGUAGAAAUAUUAUUCAUAGUUUUAGUCUUUAAACUGUAUAAAUUUAUUUGUUCUCAAUCUACUAUUCUUUAUGAAAAUAAACAAUUUAAGGAAAAUUAUUCAUCAUUAUAGAAUCAAAACUAAAAAUCAUUUAACUAAAAACUAUUGCAUUGUUAACUUGAUUCAUAAAGCAUUGUUUAUUUCUUUACAGUCUAUUUUUAUGAAUUACCAUUGCUAUAAACAUCCUUUUUUUGUUAAUCCUACUUUUCAAAUUUAGCUUUGAUUUUUUAAGAAAUUCCUAUUGAAACUGAUAUUUAUCUACAUAGCAGUUCCUUACCUAUGCAUAUUCAUAAUAUUCAUUACGUUAGUUAUAUAUAAAUUUUUGAAGAAAAGUAUAUAAUUGACUGGAUUAUUCUAUUUUGA